AACAAAUCGAUCGAUGGUGCAGAAUUCCUCUUCUUACAAAGUUCUCCAAGCAUUCCGUGUUUUUCAUUGCUAUUUUAACGCAAACAUUAUGAAUCCCAAAUGUUGACUGUAUUUUACAAGUAAGCACAGCCGUCAACCAGCUUCAUAUAGUCAACAUGAAGCUGAAAACGCUCUUCUUCCGGCUGCUGCUUAGCAUUGUUUCGUUGGUUGUGUUUAAUGAGUUUGUUGUUUACUAUGUUGUGCUGUUAAAAUGUCAAUGGCCCUCCAAGCCUGCCGCGGUGAAUGGGCUCGAGCCCGUGAGCGUGAUGCUGCUGGCCGACACGCACCUGCUCGGUCCGGUGCGGGGCCACUGGUUCGACAAGCUGCGCCGUGAGUGGCAAAUGCACCGAGCGUUCCAGUCGGCCAUCACGCUCUUCCAGCCGGAAGCCAUCUUCAUCCUCGGGGAUGUGUUCGACGAAGGCAAUUGGGUGAAUCAGAAAGAGUUCGACAUCUACGUCGACCGGUUCCGCAAGCUGUUUCACACUCCGCGCGGCGUUGCGCUGCACAGCAUCGUGGGCAAUCAUGACAUAGGCUUCCACUACGCCACGCGCCCCAAUCUGGUGCAACGGUUCGGCGAAAAGUUCAACAAUACGGGCGUAUCGCUGAUCAGCAUGCGGGGGGUUCAUUUUGUGGCGAUUAACUCGAUCGCCAUGGAGGGCGACGGGUGCUAUCUGUGCGAGAAGGCGGAGAGGGAGCUGAAGUCGAUCGAGACAAUCUUCAAGUGCGGGAAAGGCAUCGGGCAGUGCAAGGAUGUGGUCAAGCUGGAGGAGUACAGCCGGCCAAUCGUGCUGCAGCACUUCCCGAUGUACCGCGAGUCGGACAAGGAGUGCCAGGAGCACGAUUCGCCCGAGGUGGAUCUGUACCGGGAGCGGUGGGAAGUGCUGUCGAAGGAGUCGACGGAUCUGAUUGGGGAUCUGCUCAAUCCACGGCUUGCGUUCAGUGGCCACUCGCACCACUACUGCCAUAUGGUGCAGAAUCGGCUCAAGAUCGAAGAGUACACGCUGCCAUCGUUCAGCUGGCGCAACAAAAACAAUCCCAGCUUUAUGUUGGCACGCAUAUCACUGAAAGAGUACACCGUUUCGCGCUGCCGUAUGCCGGAGGAGAACACCAUCGUAACGAUAUACCUCGUCGGAGGCAUUUUAAUACUGCUCGGGUCGGUGUUCAAGCUGGGCGGCUUUCUCGGUCAGCUCGGAUCAUUUCUUUGCCGCGGUCGCAAGGAUUACAAAAAACUUACCAAAUAAUAA